AGAGAGUCCCCAUUUGAGAGGGGGGUUACUAUAAACCAGCAUUCCCAAUUUCCCAGUGAUUGGUGAGCCACCUUCCCACUGACAGCCCGGGACAAGACGUGUGUAUGAGCGGGCUCUGAGUUUGGGACAUUAGAGAGGACAGUGCCAUUCCCACACUCCCGCCGCCUUCCUUCACACUGGGCAGAGAUUAGGGAAAGCGCUGGGCUGCUCAUAGGAAUCUCCUCCCCCCACUGACGAGAGCGGAAGUGCCUGCCCAAAAGCUGGCGAGUUUCUGCCAGAGGGAAAGUAAGAACGGAGUGGAAGGGCAGCCCUGAGUGCCCGCAUAAGCCAUUACAGCCCGCAGCAGAGGUGUCCGAGCCGCCCGCCCCGGGCUCCCAUGCAGCAAUAAGGGCUUAAUAAGGAACUUUGUCCCCUGUGGAGCCCAGGGGAGAGGCGAGUGCCCGGAGCCCAGGUACAAGCUUGCCCCUACGGCAGGGAUAGCCUGAGUCAUACAUACCUUCCCUGCUGAAUUCUCCGGGAUCUUCUAACGGACGGAGCCGACCCGGUGCCGCCGCCUGGCACACAGACACCCCUGCCGGUAGGAGGCUCCCUGCGCUCAUCCCAUUGUCUGUGCGACAAUGUCUGCCGUGUGCUGCUGGAGGCAGCUGGCCUGUUGCUGUGGGUCCGCAGCCUGCGCCCUCUGCUGUUCCUGCUGCCCGAAAAUAAAGCAGUCUACGACUACCCGUCUCAUGUACGCACUCUACUUUAUUCUAGUGACGGUCAUCUGCGGCUUCAUGAUGUCCCCAACUGUGGCAGAUUUCAUGAAAGACAAUAUUCCCUUUUAUAAAGAUAUAUGCGAGCGCAUCCAGGCCGGAGUGGACUGUGAGAAGCUAGUGGGAUACUCUGCUGUCUACCGUGUCUGCUUCGGCAUGGCCUGUUUUUUCUUCAUCCUCUUGAUCUUCACACUGUUUAUUAGGAACAGCAAGAGCUGGCGAGCCUACGUUCAUAACGGGUUUUGGUUUAUCAAAUUUGUGGUGCUGAUCGCAAUGUGCUCCGGAGCCUUCUUUAUUCCUGACCAGGACACUUUUCUAAACGUUUGGCGUUAUGUGGGUGCAGCCUUUGGCUUUUUAUUCCUGCUUAUCCAGCUCAUGCUAUUGGUGGAGUUUGCACACAAAUGGAAUAAAAAUUGGAUGUCUGGGACAGCCCAUAAUAAACUAUGGUACGGGGCAUUAUCUCUGGUUACUCUUAUCCUCUACUCGGUUGCUGUGGGGGCUCUUGUGUUACUGGCGAUUUUCUACACUCAUCCAGAUGGCUGUGAGCUCAACAAGAUCUUGCUCGGGGUCAACGCCGGCCUGUGCCUUUUUGUUUCCUUAGUGGCCAUCAUGCCCUCUGUACAAAAACGCCAGCCUUACUCUGGAUUGCUGCAGUCGGGACUUAUCAGCUGCUACGUAAUGUAUCUGACCUUCUCCUCCCUGUCAAGCAAGCCUCCAGAAACCAUGCUGGAUGCAACAGGGAAGAACAUCACUAUCUGUGUGCCCAGCUUCAGCAAGGAUCUUAACCAAGAUGGAAAGCUUGUCUCCAUAUUGGGCACAAUCAUCCUCUUUUGCUGCAUUUUAUAUUCCUGUCUGACCUCUACAACCCGCUCCAGUUCUGAUGCUCUGAGAGGAAGGUACACACCACCUGAAACAGAGAUGGCUCGCUGCUGCUUCUGCUGCUCACGUAGUGAUGGAGAUGAUGAAGAGGAGCGGACUGAAAAAAGAGGAGGCCAAGAAGUUGGUUAUGAUGAAGAAAAGUCCACAAUUUACUGCUAUUCCUACUUUCACUUUGUUUUCUUUCUGGGCACCUUCUAUGUGAUGAUGACGGUGACCAACUGGUUCCACUACAGGAAUGCAGAAAUAGAAAAGCUGUUUUCUGGCAGCUGGUCUCCAUUUUGGAUCAAGAUGGCUUCCUGCUGGGUGUGCAUCCUGCUCUACCUCUGGACUCUGGUUGCCCCUCUCUGCUGCCCAAAGAGAGAAUAUUCUGUGUAGCCACACCUAGAAGAUCACAUUAUACUGUUACAUGCCAAUUGGACACAACUGCAUUGUCUCAGAUGUUUGUCUUAUUUUAAGGUGGCAUAAAAGGUCAAUAUGGGGGUUUUCUCCAAAAGCCAUAUUAUAUUGUGCAGGUCACAGGAAUAUUUGCUUAUAGACAGAGCAGAAUCAGUUUUGUUUUUAAUGAUUGAUCCUAAACUCUUGUGUGAUAUAGGGAAAGGCUCCCUGUAACGCUAUGGUGACAUGGCAAGUCCUGUGUGUGUGGCACGGCUGCAAUAUGUAAAUAACUUAUUGUCUGAUACGUAUGGGAGGGGUGAUGGGGUAUAUUAUACUAUGCCCUCGCUAAAGAGUCUGUCCCCUUGUACAGUAGCGUUCUCACACUUUCUCCAAGUUGUGUGCCUCUUACCUGUUACAGCCAUGCAUUUAUUAGCCAGAUACUGAUGGUGUUACAGUGCCACUCUGUUUGCUGGGAGGGCAGGGGGCUGUAAAUAUUCCUGGGGGUUCCAUAAGGGCCAAUUUAGACCAGUGUCCCUCAGUAGAAAUGAAAUUGAGAUUAUUCCACCAGAUAUUUGCAGCCACGCGAAAUAACGAAUGUGGAAGUUUCCUGAAGGUUUAUGAUAGUUUCAUCCUAAUUUAAUUUUCUGGUAAAUGACAGAAAAAUGGCAACUUUCCAUAUUGUUUCAUGUGGUGCUAAUGAUUUAUUCACAUCCUCGCCUUAAAUGUGUUGCCCUUGUGUUAACUUGUCUGGUCCAGAUGUUGAUUCAUAAAUAAGAAUAUCAGUACCAUAUCAAUACCACGUAGUGCUGCCUCCAAUUCACUUGGACGCAAGAUGUGCAGCAGCAGGGAUGCAGACACUUUUCAGCUUGAAGCGAUGUUGUGGGCUAAGCAGCAGUAAUUUCACUUAAUAAUACUAAGUUCCUGCCACUCCCAGUGGGGUCACAAUUGUAAGCUCACUACUUAAUGAGAUAACCUAUGGGGUGUAGAAUAGGGCCCCCAUAAGUUUAACCCCCCCCCCACCAUGGGCACUGUUACUUCCAGCAAUCGCUGUCCCACGUGUAAAACUGGAAUUUUGUGCCCCCCCAUAUUCCCUGAUGGCAGUUCUGCCCUUGUUUGUGUCUGCACAUAAGUGUUGUUCAUGUCUUUUUUUUCAUGUAUACAUGAAAAUGUUUCGUAUACAGAAUAUUCACUAUAGCAAUAUUUAUACUCGCCACUGGAAAAUAUCUGUCGGCUGAAAAAAUAUCAAGUCGAACUGCUGCAGUGAAAAAAAUGAUUUAGAUUUCUAGGAGAUAAAUUCCGUGAAUUAUACAGAGAGGGUCAUAAAAAUGGAGCAAAUGUGACAUAUGAAGUGAUUCUGUUUACUCUGCCCUGCUCAGCUUCCUUAUGCCUCUCACUGUUGGGCACAGGCUUAGCUGGGGCAUGGGAAACCAAACUACAUAAAUAUAUAAAUCUAAGCCUCUAAAAUGAGGGGAAAUAAAACAAAAUGAAAUAUUAUUGUAACAAGAAGUUAUACCGUGUCCCUAUAGCUGCUGCACUAGAGGGUGCCCUUCCCUGUUUGGGUACCUUGGCUCGGCAGUCUCUUUUGUGUCUAUUAAUGGGGUGGUUCACCUUUAAAAUAACUUUUAGUUAUUGUUUAUUAUUAAUAUUCUUUCAUUAUUCGCCUUCCUCUUCAUUUUUUCAGAUUUCAAAUGGGGGUCACUGACCCAACAAAAAAAAUCUGUUGCUCUGUGAGCUUACAAUUUUAUUAUCAUUCUUACUUUUUUUCCCUUAUCUUCCUAUUCAGGCCCUUUCCUAAUUACAUUCCAGUCUCACAUUCAAGCCACUGCCUUGUUGCUAAGGUAAACAAGACCCUAGUAACCAGAUAGCUGCUAAAGUUCUAAUCUGAAGAGCUGCCGAACAAAAAGCUAAAUAACUAAAAAAAAACAAUUGCCAAUUGUCUCAAAAUAGCAGUGUUAGCAAAAGUUAGUUUAAAGGUGAACAACCUGUUUGGGUAAGACACUGUAUACCCCACGGAACCAUGGAGCAAUGGCAUUGGUCAGACCCCAGUAUAUACUGAAGUUAUACUAUAUACUGAAUUGACUAAACAACCCUUGGAAAUCUGGGAAUAUGGUUUUAUUAUUAAAUAUUUGAUAGUAUGGUCAGAUAAUAAAAUACACAACUUUAUGCAAGUUAUAUGGCAAAGUUCUAUUAUAGAGUAAUAUAAGCAAUGAAAAACAUGCAGAUAUAUAUACAUAUACCAAAAAUGUACAUGUUGAAUUUGCUCUGUUUAAGUCUUUAUCAUGAUGUAAAAUGUAUGAAAAAUGACGGGGGCAGAAGCAGAUAUGCGUUUGCCUCCAGUGUUGGGCAGCGGGGGUCCUAGAAAUGAAUAUGUGGCUGGGGUACUUGGGCCCUGUAUUGUGAGGGGCUGUCUUCCAUUCAUGUGCAUCUGUCUCACUUUACUGCUAUGAUGGAAAAGGCAAGUUUUAAGCACUGCUUUAAUAUCUCAGGGGCAAGGAGAGCUGUUUGUAAGGUUGUUCUGGUUUUCUUUCCAGCUGGAAUGUCACGGACUUCUUACAUGUAAAUAUAAUUCAAAUGGAAUCAUGAGUAUUAAUCUAUCUGUAUAUCUAUAGGUAGUUGUAUCUAGGCAGAGGGCAACCUGAUGGCUCCCCUGGGGCUUACAGCCCAAACCUUCAUCCUUCCAGAUUGUUUCUUUAUUCAUGGUGGCUAGCCAGUGGGACUAUUGGCCAAGCCUAUCUCUGCCUUCGUUCUGGAGGCUCCUUUGGCUGUUACAUGGGUGAAGUCUUUAAUUGUGGUCUACAAACCUCCUACAAUGUUCCAGCCUUCUCAGGAUUCUAGACAUUCCAUGGGAUAAAGUGGGAACCUUCUCUGCUUGCAUCUUGCACACCAGGGGUUCCUUUGCUGAACUAAAGGGCUCCAUCAUGUUAAUGGCAGAAAGUUUGCAACUGCUUUAAUGUUUUGUGCAAUAGUCUGUCCUGUGUGACAGCGCCCAUCGCUCCCCAGCAGCCGGGCCUCCUUCCUUUGCUUACAGACAUUACCAAACUUUACCUUGUUUAAAAAAAAAAUGCAAGACUUAUCAGGGCACCAAAUAAGUCGGAAUUAAAGGAAAGUAACUAUAUGUAUUUUAUACCUUGAUAAGAGGGGGCAGCAUAGCUAUUGGGGGGGGCACUUUCCUUUUGCACUGCUCACUUUAUCAUCACCUCCUGUGCACUUUGUGACUGACCUGCUGAGAAAGUGCCCCCCAGCCCCCCAAUAAUAGAACCUUGUGUAAUGUAUCAUUGGCUAUUUACUAGGCAGCCUUGCGCUUGUGUUCCUGGUCUCUCAUAAGGUUCCCCUCCCCCGUCCUGAUCUAAUAACUUCUGCCUUAAGUCUCUAUUGUGUGUGUGUAUUAGGAACUUUACGACUCGUAACAGUAAGCAUUUUAGUCUAUUUAGUAGGGUUCAGUCAGAUAAAUGGCCUCAUUAGAAUGCUAGGUCCUUGAAAAGCAGAUUGCUGUCCUUUAGUGGUGCUGUUCCUUUCCUUCCAUUGGGUAUAUACCUCACAUUCUAUACAUUAAUAGCUCUGUAGGGCCCCACCGGCCUGCACCAUCGUCUUCCACAGGGAUGUACAACUUCAGGUCUCGCAGAGCUUCUCUUAGGUACUAGGGUAUCAUCUGAUGAAGGUUGGGAACUCACAAUAGAAGAAUUACUAAUGGUCUUACCAGUCGGGAAGGAAUGUGCUUACAUUAUGGGUACUAGAUCCUUUGAAUAUUCUGGGACACUGCUAAUAAAUGCAUCUUGCAUGGGUUGCAUUUAAAGGAGAACUAAACCCUACCCAUUCCCCUGCAAAGAGCUAUUCUGCUCAGUCCUUGUGUGUCAAACUGUAUACAUAAACCUACAGAGUUCUGUGCUGAGUUUAACAGCGCCAUCUUCUGUCUGUCUUCUGAUUCUCUUCCAUCAGUUGUGAGUACGGAUCUUGCAGGAGAAUGAGCAAUACAAGCUGAUCCUCCGAGAUCUGUGUCGGCGCUGUGACAGGAGAGAAUUGGAAGUCAGGGGAACAUGGCCCCUUUGAACUCUGCAAAUUUAUGGCCGGUCAGGACACAGGGAGACUUCUGAAAAGAAUAGAUGCUGGGAGGGCAGUGGAGGGAAGGCUUAGAAUGGGUAGCAUUAGUUCUCCUUUAAAAUAAAUUGCAAUCAGUACUACCCUUAUCUAGCUGUAUUUUCUAGACAUGUCCCUGAAUAUUCAAGUGAUCUGGUAACUCUGAUUUAAAGUGUUACAGCCUAAGCCCGUGGUACAGUGGAGGACAAGAGGGAGGUACCAUUACAGCUACCCAGGCACAGCAGAUUGGUUUCCUCUUGUGAGGCUUCUAUCACUGUGGGUUGCUGGGAGUUGUAGAUUACAGGUCAUAAGGUAGUUGGUCCAUGUGUGUGUAUAGUGAUUUAGUUCUGUGUUUGGCAAUGUACAACUGGUCAGUAAUUAAACUGGGUGGGAAAACUUUUUCCAUUUUAUAUAGAACACAACAUUUUUAUGAGCCAUUUUAUACCCUUUUUAAUAUUGUAUAAUAAAAUAAUAUGUUCAAAGAA